UUAGUUAACAUUUGUGCUUGCUGCUGAUAACAUUUUAGUAGAGUGUCAGUUAACAGCCGAAAGAGCAGCUAAAGCGAACUCAGAAAAACACGCGUCAUAAAGAACAAUAAAUAAAUAAAUAAACAAUAUUUAAACAAACAUUUGAAGUGAAAAGCAGAUGCUUUAGAUGAAAAUCACUACUGAUUUGACUCUGACAAUGCUGCGGCAAAUCCAAAAGUGCACGACAGCAUUAGAUAAUUGUUAUAAUGCGGUUUGGUUAAAAAAGUAAUAAUUAAAGUCAAAUUGAAAGAGAGACUUACAAAGCGACUAGCUUAAGUAAAAACAGAAAAAUUAAUACAGUUUUUGGAGGCAACGGCAUGUUAUUGGGCUUGAACGAGCUGACAACAACGCGGCGUCUUUUGUUUAUUGUGGCUGUGCUGCUGAUUGUGCUAUAUGCAAAAACAUAUAUACUGCCUGUAUUGGAGUGGUAUUGGACAGCGAUCAGCUUAUAGCCGAUGAUAUAUCGUAAGGAUGACAGAUAGACGCGUCUCCUAUUUCUACAAUGCCGAUGUUGGCAAUUUCCAUUACGGCGCCGGGCAUCCAAUGAAGCCACAGCGCCUGGCCGUCACCCACAGUCUGGUGAUGAAUUAUGGCCUCCACAAGAAGAUGAAAAUUUAUAGGCCAUAUAAAGCAAGUGCGCAGGACAUGCUGCGCUUCCAUAGCGAUGAAUAUAUCGCAUAUCUGCAGCAGGUCACUCCACAAAAUAUCCAAUGCAAUUCUGUUGCUUAUACCAAGUAUUUGGCCCACUUUAGCGUUGGCGAGGAUUGUCCCGUCUUCGAUGGACUCUUUGACUUCUGUGCCAAGUACACGGGCGCUUCGCUGGAGGGCGCCCAGAAAUUGAAUCACAAUCACAGCGAUAUCUGCAUUAAUUGGUCGGGUGGCCUGCAUCAUGCCAAGAAAUUUGAGGCAUCGGGCUUUUGCUAUGUGAACGACAUUGUCAUAGGCAUAUUGGAGCUGUUGAAAUAUAAUCCGCGCGUUCUCUACAUUGACAUCGAUGUGCAUCAUGGCGAUGGCGUCCAGGAGGCCUUUUAUCUAACCGAUCGCGUGAUGACGGCCUCGUUUCACAAAUAUGGCAACUAUUUCUUUCCGGGCACCGGGGAUAUGUAUGAGAUUGGUGCUGAAUCGGGGCGAUAUUAUAGCGUCAAUGUGCCGCUUAAGGAGGGCAUCGAUGAUCAGAGCUAUUUUCAAGUCUUCAAACCGAUCGUUUCAGCAAUUAUGGACUUCUAUCGACCCACAGCAAUUGUUUUGCAAUGUGGCGCUGAUUCCUUGGCUGGAGAUCGUCUCGGUUGCUUCUCGCUGAGCACUCGCGGGCAUGGCGAGUGCGUCAAGUUCGUGAGGCAGUUGAAUGUGCCCACCUUGGUGGUGGGCGGCGGUGGCUACACUUUGCGCAAUGUGGCUCGCUGUUGGACACACGAAACAUCGCUUCUGCUGGAUCAGGAAAUAGACAAUGAUUUGCCCGCAACAGAAUAUUAUGACUUCUUUGCGCCAGAUUUCACACUGCAUCCGGAGGUGAAUUCGCGACAGGACAAUGCCAACUCCAAGCAGUAUCUGGAGCUGAUUGUGAAGCAUGUGUACGAGAAUCUGAAGAUGUGCCAGCAUUCACCAAGUGUGCAAAUGGUGCAAACACCGCCCGAUGUUGAUCUCGAAGAGGUGCGCAUGAGGGAGGAAACUGAUCCCGAUGUGCGCAUGUCCCAGGCUGAUGAAGACAAACUCGUCGACGCAAAGAAUGAGUUCUAUGAUGGGGAUCAGGAUCAGGAUAAACCAGACUCGGUGGAAAGUUAGAGUUGUAUACCAUUAUUAUAAGGAAGAGUUCAACAUCCACACACAAAAAUUGGCUUUAAAAUAGACACAGACAUGUAUUUAUUAUAUAUUUGUAUUGCCGAUCGAAACUGGAAUCAGACGAAUGCAACAGACAAUUAUACCUUAAUAGUGAUUAUAAAUGUAUCGAAAUUUAAUUUUAAGUGUACACACUAACUAAAUGCAUGUUGAAUUCAUUUUACAAUAA